CUAAUCUGUGUCUUUAUACGCCACGGUUGGAUCUGUGUGACUGUGUUCUCUCCUCUCUCUCUCUCUCUCUCCCCGAAGAACUUUUUUGAAUCUUUUAAAAGUUUCCAACUUUUUCUUUUCUUCCAUGAGCUCUUUUUGUGGUUUCCUAUUUCCCGAGCUUAUCUCUACACUAGUAACCCAUUUACUUUAACUAAAGCUCAUCUCUCUUUUGCUUUUUUUUUUCUUCACUCUCUCUCUUCUCUACUCCACGCACCGAACGUGGGGAGUGCUUGUCGGUGCACGGUGAUGCUCUGACGAAGUUUUUUUUUCAUGCGUUGUUCCACGGAGAGAUACUAGGAUUAGUUAAUUGGGAUCCGGGUUGAGGAUAUGCGGCUUGUUGUUGGAUAAAGUUAGGGUUUUGUGUGUUUAGGAAGAGGGGAAGGCAAUUGAAUUAGCUACCAAACCUCUUGUAAUGUCUACUGAUCUAAAAAAACAGAUCAAAGCAACGGCCAAUAAGCUCGCUUGCUUGAGUUACUACCAGUCUCUUCAGAAUUGAUCUGAGCUGUGGGGGGUAGGGUUUGGGGUUUGGGGUUUGGGGUUUGGGGUUUGGGGUUUAGGGUUUAGGGUUCUUUAUUUAGUAAUGGAGGAUAUAGGAUUGGUUAAGCAAGGUUGGAAGUGGUUACAGUCUCAGAAACAUUUAUGCUCGUGGGUUUGUGCUGCAAUGCAAUGUUUUGGGGGAAAGACUGAAGCUUUCGUAGAGCGUCACUGGCCACUAGUGUGCAGUGGAUGCGGGAAGCUCUUAGGGCUGCUUAGUUUGUCGUUUUCUUACUGGAAAGACUGCGUUUUGAGGGGUUUCCAGUCCAGUGCCAAGUUCGGCUCAGCUGCUUUGCUCCUGAUCAUGUGGAGUUGCUUUCUCAGCCUGACUUCAGUAUCUUGCUUGGUCUAUGUCCUCCUCGGUAUGGGAGCUGCUGGUGCUGUUGUUGUGUACUUAGGUUGCACUCCGGGGAUCUUCAUUGUAGGACUAUUUGGGAUUUUGAUUAUGUGGAUGUACGCUAACUUUUGGAUCACCGGAACAUUAUUCAUAGUUGCAGGUUAUUUGUUCUCCUUGAAUCACGCAAGAGUUGUGGUUCUUAUGGCCACGGUCUAUGCGAUUUACUCUGUCAAUGUCAGACUUGGAUGGCCUGGAGUUAUUCUCUCGAUGAAUCUUGCCUUCUUGUCCAACGAUGUAUUCAUUCGUCUUCUUCAGUGGUGCGAUAGCGUUAGUGAGAAAGCACAGCCGGAGGAGCUGAAGAAGCCUGAAACCGUACUAGAGGAGGAGUUUACAGGAGAGUUUGAGUACCCUUCUCCUCCUCCUGUUGAAGAAGUACCAGAGAAGAAGGUUCACGAGAAUAAGUCGGCUAAUAAGCCAGCGUCCCCGGCAACUGUUGUUAGUGACUUGAAGGAGGUUUCUAGUGUUAAAGUAGUAAGUGUAGAAGAGACGGGUUCAGCUGAUGAGAUGAAAAGAAUACUGGAUAGUUUGAAUCACUACGAAGCUUUGGGGUUCCCUCGGCAUAAAAAGAUUGAUGCUGCGGUGCUUAAGAAGGAGUAUAGAAAGAAGGCAAUGCUGGUUCAUCCGGAUAAGAAUAGGGGAAGUCCUUUGGCAAGUGAAUCAUUCAAGAAACUUCAAUGUGCUUAUGAGGUUCUCUCUGAUGCUGUUAAGAGGAGAGAUUACGAUGAGCAGUUAAAGAAAGAAGAAUCUAGGACCAGGACAGUCUGUCAGACAUCACAUGCUUCUUCGCAUCAGAAUGGUCCUGAUUAUCGAUCAGAAGAGUCAAGGCGCAUACAUUGUACUAAGUGCGGUAAUUCACACAUUUGGGUAUGUACCAACAGGAGUAAGGCAAAGGCCAGGUGGUGUCAGGAUUGUGGUCAAUAUCAUCAAGCCAAAGAUGGUGACGGAUGGGUUGAACACAAAGGGACUUUGGUAUUUGAGAAAGCACAUAAGAUUGAAAUACCGCGAGCUUUUGUUUGUGCCGAGAGCAAGAUCUUUGAUGUCUCAGAAUGGGCUAUAUGUCAGGGAAUGGCGUGUAGACCAAACACACAUAGACCAAGUUUCCAUGUGAACAUGGUUGGUUUGGAAAAGACAACGCAGAGAUCAAACUCGAGCAGGUUCCCGUGGGAUCUUGAUGUGGAGAUGAUGGACGAGGAUGAGGAAGAGUUUGAGUUAUGGCUUCAACAAGCUAUGGCUUCUGGUCUCUUCUGUGAGACCUCAAAACGCAGAAAAAGCUGGAGUCCUUUCAAGUUAACCAAGAAACAAUCUCGAAGAACAUCAACUUGAGGGAAUACCCACAUCAACUUCAAAUGGCGAGAUCAACAACAAUGGGGGUCAAUGGCGCUCUAUGCCUUGUUCAGUACUUCAGCCAUGUGAAUAUGAAGAAAGACCCUAAAAGGAACAACAUUUCAAGGUGCUAAUGAAGAAGAUACAGACAUGGGCAGCUUGAAACGAACACUUUUAGAUCCCUUGUCUGUAAAUAGAACCUGUGGAGGUUUGUGUACUAUCAAGUUAUGUUUUUUUUUUCUCUGAGAGAAACCCAAGAAGACCGGUUAACGAUAAACAUGAAGUUUUAAAAAUUGUGUGUUUUUCUCAUAUUAGUAAUUUAGAUCCAUGAUCCAUUCUCA